CUGUCCUUGUGCUUCAAUCCGACUCAUAGGGCAAGGUUGAGCCAUUUUUUUCCAUUAGAGAACUAAUCGGGCAGUCUUUAACGUUUUCUCUAGCCAUCGUAAUCGAGUAGGGCUAAAUUUUUAGGGAACCUUUGUGUGGAUUAAUCAGCAACUGCAAACCCCCAAGCGAACCAUGAGCCUCUCCUCGCUGAAGCGCACCUCGGCCAGCGCCGUGAUACAGCUCUAUUGCCCCAACGCCACCACCAUUCACCCCGGCCUCGCCAGCCUGGGGCCCUGUCCGGGCGGGUCCGCCGCCCGCACGGCUGUCCUGGACCCCAUGCUCAAGGCGGACUACGCCGAGGACGAACUGGACAACUACUCGGCGGAGCCCGUGGCGACCAGCGCCUGGAUCCCCAAGUCGCCGCGGUCGCUGCCCGCGGGGCUGAAGCUGGGCGGCCACUUCCCGGAGAGCGGCCACGCCGACGGGUCCCUGCCCUCCACCCCGGACACCCCGCUGGACUGCGGCAGCGUCCCCGAGUUCCUCUCCGAGGCCCACGGGCAGCUGAACGCGGAGACCCGGGAGUUAAUCGGGACCUUUUUGCAGAUGUACACGGGGUUGCCGCACCGCCGGAGCCGAGGCAAGGCCCUGGAGACCCUGAAGCGCGUCGUGGACAGUGUGGUGGCGAAGCAUCAGAUCGCCUACCACGGCAUGAUCGCGAAGCUGGAGCUGGAGAACAAGGGUGAGGACGUGAGCUUCGUGACGGGCGUGGCCAAAAGCUUGUUCAGCGACGGGAAGACCAACUGGGGCCGCAUCGCCAGCCUGGUGUCGUUCGGCGCGGUGGUGGCCAAGCAGAUGAAGGACUCGGGCCGGGAGAGCUGCGUGGAGGCGGUGGGCCAGGCGAUCUCCAACUACCUACUGCAGGACCAGCGCGAGUGGCUUCUGAACAACCGAGGCUGGGACGGCUUCGUGGAGUUCUUCCGCGUGGAGGACCCCGAGUCGACGAUCAGGAACGCCCUGAUGGCGUUUGCCGGGGUGGCGGGGCUGGGCGCGGGGCUGGCCCUGCUGAUCAGAUGAGACGCAUCUGUGCGAAAGA